AUGAGGUUGCCUUACUAUUUUAUCUUUCUUCCCAUCGUGCUGGCAGUACAGGUCCCAUUCAAGGCUCCAUUAUCUUCCCCAGUUACCACGAUGAACGCGCCAUCAACAUUCGCAUUCAAGGAAGGCCCUGACGUGUUUUCUCCCAAGGACUUGGUAGAACUCGGUCGCCCAGGCACUGGUGUAGCCAAUCCAGCAGGGGAUCUCGUUCUGGUUCCUUACAAUAAAUACUCUUCAAAGGACAAGAAAGUCAACCGGUCUAUCUUCGUCGCACCACUGGCGGGCUCUGGGAGGCCUUUCGAGAUUCCUGUAAGCCUUCUGUUCAAAGGUGGUGAAGCAUUCUGGCUCGAUGGUCGCACAGUCGCCCAUGUCGUCGAGGGCGACAAGAAACUCGAUAUCUACGCGCUGGACAUUGAUUAUAAGAAGCAGGACAGUGAUGAAGUCGGCACUGUGAGUGCACCUAAUCUCCCAACCCUGCUUGGUUCGUUCCCCACGACAACUGCCACCAACUUCCGGUACUCUUUACUCUCUGGGCAACUGGUGUUCUCGGACAACGUCUAUCCUGACGGUAACCUAUCUGCUGUCAAAGAGCAGGAUGAGGCUUGGGAGAACCGCGGAACCACUGCUUUAGUGUAUGACACAACCUACGAGAGACAUUGGGACACUUGGACUGGACCCAAAACAACAUCCCUGUUCAGCGUUCGCCUCGUUCAGGACCCAGAUCACAAAUGGCAUUUCGGAUCUCAGUUCACAAACAUCCUCAAGGGAACAGGACACAGCUGUCCCGUUGAACCAUUUGGAGGCACUGAUGAUUUCGACAUUUCCACGAGUCAAGUUGUAUACACCGCUAAGGACCCAGACCUGCCUCCAGCGUGGCACACCAAGCAGAAUGUAUACAUCAUUGACAUUCUCGGUGGCAAGCCCAGGGAGCUUACAUCAGGGAAACAAGGCGCGACACAUAAUCCGGUCUUCAACAAAGACGGUUCAAAGGUGGCUUGGCUGGAGCUUGAUUUAGAUGGCUAUGAAUCCGACAGAGCAAAGAUUGUCAUCUACGAUCUCAAGAAAGAUGUCAGGUACACACUUACCCAGCAAUGGGACCGCUCACCGGAUUCUUUGGCGUUCUCUAAAACGGGCGAGUUCAUCUACUUCACUGCCGGCGACAACGCACGGGUCAAGGUCUUCGUUUUGCCGCUGCCUCCGACGCCGUCGAAGUCUACAACCGAUCCUGACCUCGAUACCAAGUACGUUAGUCCUGUCGCGAUAACUGAUGGACCUGCAGCAGGGGGCCUACAGUCGCUUUAUUACGGCCGACUUCUUAUCACGCAGUCUUCGUACACUUCGCCCAACGAUGUCUUCCUUGUCAGUGGUUUGAAAGACCUAGAAUCGGAAAUCGGCAGGAGUGAUACGCUCAUCACAUUCAGUGGAGAAAUUAAGCAAAUCACUCGUUUCACCGAAAAUGACCUGAAGGGGAAGAACCUCAGCAAAGGAGAAAGCAUCUGGUUCAAAGGCGCAGAAGAUAAGAACAUACAAGGCUGGAUUCUGAAACCGAAGGGCUGGAAAGAAGGGGAAACGAAGAAAUGGCCCGUUGUUCUUCUCAUCCAUGGAGGUCCUCAAAGCGCCUGGGAGGAUCAAUGGUCUACGCGAUGGAAUCCAAAUAUUUUUGCGCAGCAGGGGUACUUCUCUGUGCUGAUCAAUCCUACUGGAAGUACAACCUUUGGACAAGAAUUCACGGAUGGCAUCACGGAGGACUGGGGAGGUAAGCCUUUCGUUGACCUGCAAAAGGGAUGGAAAUACGUGUUGAAUACGUAUCCCGAGAUCGAUCCGGACCGUGCGGUUGCAGCUGGUGCAAGCUGGGGAGGGUAUGCUGUAAACUGGAUACAAGGUCACCCCGAGUAUGAAUUCAACUUCAAGGCCCUCGUGUGCCAUGAUGGGGUCUUUGAUUCGAACUACAAUGGAUUCUCGACUGAUGAGUUGUUCUUCUUCAAUCAUGACUGGGCAGGGCGGCCGUGGGAGAAGAAGAGUAAAGAGAUAAUUGACAAGUACAACCCUUCCAACUUUGUGCACAAAUGGGGUACGCCACAGCUUCUCAUCCAUGGGAGCAAAGAUUACAGGUUGGCCGAGACCGAAAGUAUUGGGGCUUUCCAUGCUUUGCAGCAACGUGGUGUUCCAAGUAGACUCGUUAUCUUCCCUGAUGAGAACCAUUGGGUUCUGAAUCACGGUAACAGCCUCAAAUGGCAUUACGAAGUUUUCCGCUGGUUUGACCAGUUCGUGGGCGAGAAAAGCACAUGACAUAAGUAUGACUUUGUUAGCUCAGUUAUACAGUAUCUUUCUAUAUACACCGAAAUGCAUGACGUUUUUGAGUCCAUUUUGACCUUCCGAUCGUCCUUUUCUACUAGUAACUGGCUAUAAAUUGUCCGGUAGUGCCCUACGAGUGUUCGUUGUUCGUGAUUCAUGUCCAUGUUCUAUGUACGUCUAAAGAAUCAAUGAUGCUGCGUGCCGUUGUACAUGAGCUGCGUCGUAGCCAGGUUCAUUUGCAAGCCAAACGUCUGUGGACGCAUAGCAUCAUCAUCAGGUGUAUCAGA